GGAGAAGAUAACACGUUCUGUGUACUGUUCUGUUACAAACUCUCUCUCCCUUCGACCCCGAAAGCUCCAAACUUUCUCUCUCUAAAAUCUAACCCCUGAAAUAUUGUAAAAUUACAACAGAGUCCCAACAUGUCCGCCAUCACCUUCUCCUCCAUUUCUGUCUCCAAAUUCAUCACCUUCUCCUCCAUUUCUUCCUCAAGUUUCCCAAAGUAUCCAACUCCGUACCCUUCACUUUCACCCAAAUUCCCACCGUAUCCCCUCACUCACUCUUCCAGAAAGCUCUCGGUCCCGGUGUUUUCCAAGCCCUCCGAGGCGGAGGAAGAAGAGGAGCAGUCGUCGGCGCCGGAGGACGAGUGGCUGAAGAAGCUGCCGGACAAGAAGAAGCCGCUGUACGCCCACAGCCUCCCCUGCAUCGAGGCCUGGCUGAGGAACUUGGGGUUUUACCAGAGCGAAGAGGACCGGGCGGUUUGGCUGGUGGAGAAGCCCGAGUGGCACGCGCAGCUCUCCCUCGACGUCACCGAUUUGUAUGUGAGGUAUCUAAAGACUGGACCGGGAAAUAUUGAAAAGGAUGUGGAGAGGAGAUUUAGUUAUGCACUGAGCAGAGAGGACAUUGAGAAUGCAGUGCUUGGAGGGCCAUGAGGACAACAAAAGAUUAUUCCUGCAGGCAUGUGGUUUGCUCUUCUGAAUUUAUUGACCUCUCCGAAGGCACUAAAUACUUCAUUGGUUGAUGGACUUCUGUGGACAGGUUACUUUCGAGGGUUACGAAAGUAUUUAUCAUCCUUUCCACACUAGGAAUUUGAGGCAAAUAAUAGGCUGUGUUAUUUGUAACUUGAAUUGGCCGUGUCAUAAGAGCCUCCGUGAUCAGAAUCGUAAUUUUUCGGUUAGAGCUGGUACUGUAGGAGGUGCUGAUUGGUGCAAAUGCUUUAGACAAUUUCAGAUCGAAUGUAUACUUCUCUAUGAUUAAUCAGAGAUUUUAUUUUCCUUUGAAUGUGUUA